AUGGUUGAAUACUACAUCAACAACAAGUGUAAUUGUAUCAUCGAUAAUAAUCAAACAAACGAAUUUCACGACCAAGUCAUGUGCAAAAAGGAAUUACAUCAUGGGUCAUCUUCAAAUCCAACUGUUUUCAACAAAGAAGAUAUUCCUUGUACAUCAACAUCCAAUACAUCACCAAUACAUUCACCUACUCUUUCAACUACAACCACCUCCAACAAUAACAACAACAAUGUAAUUUCUCCAACUUCACCUGAUCAACGUUUAUCUUUAUCUUUUAUAACAAAUAAUAAUAAUCAAAAUAAUAAUCAAAAUAAUAAUAAUCAAAAUAAUAAUAACCAAAAAAAUAAUAAUAAUACUCAAAAUAAUAAUAAUAACCAAAAAAAUAAUAAUAAUAACCAAAAUAAUAUUUGUAGAAAUGUUUCAACUAAUUGUAUAAAUUUUAAAGUAAUUGAUCAAUUAUCAACUCCACCAUGUAUACCAUCAAAAAAUAACUCAACUACUACUACCACCACCACCACCACCGACGCCACUACUAUCAUCAAUGAUAAUACCGAUAUAAUAUCAUCGUCAUCAUCGACGACGACUUCAACUUUGACUCCAACAUUUCAAUCAUAUAGACAAGUGGAUCAAAAUUUUAGUAUUAAUCAAUUACCAACAUUGGUAAUCAAGAAUAUAUUGGAUUAUGUACAUGGAGGUAAAUUCCCAGGUUAUCAUGCGGUCGUUGCCAAGUCUGUAUCACAUUCUAGAAACCGUCACUUGCACACUAUCAAGUUGCGGUACUGCCAACUCGAGGAUGAAGGUGCCGAUAUGAUGUCCCGAUCCCUUUUCAACAACACCUACAUCAAGUCUAUUGACAUUAACGGCAACAAUAUCCAGAGCAAGGGGUGCGACUCGCUUGCCAAGCUCAUUCAACAGAACCGCGUCAUCGAAACACUCUGUCUUGGAAACAACUCGAUCGACAAUGUCGGAGCUGCCAUCCUAGCCAACGCCAUCAAACAAAACACGACACUCAAAAUGCUCGAUCUCGAAAACAACAACAUCAACUAUUUCGGUGCAUUUCCUCUACUCGAGGCACUCAAAGUCAAUACUACACUCCGCGAUCUCAAUCUUUAUAUUGUCAAUAUCCCAACCCGCAAUUUACGUUUCUUUUUAAAUGGUACCAUUGGUCAUAUAGGAGACUCUAAACAAAGAUUGAUUGAACUAGUAUUAAUACUUGACAGAAUUGUACUAUUUACAGGUCAACGUUCAAUUAUACUCUUUUUACAACAACAUAAUAAUAAUAACCUUAAUAAUUUUAUUGGAGAAGAAGAAAAUGAUAUAUUAAUACCAAAAGUAACGAUUACAAAGAAAAAGGAGGGAAUCGAAUGGGACAAAAAGACAUUGUCAUUGCUCAUUAUUGGUGUGUUGACCGUUCUGUAUGUCAUUGCAGAGUUGGGUUCGGCAUUGUAUACUGGUUCGUUGGCAUUGUUGUCUGAUGGUUUCCAUAAUCUUACUGAUGCCGUAUCGCUCUAUGUUGCUUGGUGGGCUCUCAAGGCCAAGAAGCAAGGUAAUGACCGUGCUGAGAUAUUGGGUGGUCUGUUGAACGGAUCUUUCCUCGUCAGUAUGAGUCUUUACGUUGCUUUGGAAGCUAUUCCUCGUUUGGUGCAUCCAGAGCCUAUCGAAGGUGGCACUAUCUUUAUGAGUGUUGCCGGUGCCGGUUUGGCAAUCAACACUAUCGGUACCAUUGUAUUUGCUUGCACUGGUAUGGAACAUGCUCAUAGUCACGGUCCAGGUGGUGGUCACAGCCACGGCGGAGAAAAGAAGGAAAAGAAAAAGGAAAAGCAUGGUCACUCUCACGGCGGCGAUGGUGAAAAGAAGGAAAAGAAGGAAAAGCACGGUCACUCACAUGGUGAUGGCGAAAAGAAGGAAAAGAAGGAAAAGCAUGGACACUCGCACGGCGGCGACCACGGUCACGCUCAUAACGACGGAAAUGGUGCCAAUGCCGACCACGACCAUCACGAUCAUAGCGACGAACACCACGGUCACAGCCACGGUGGUGAAAAGAAGAAGGAAAAGCACGGACACUCUCACGGCGAAGGUGAAAAGAAGGAAAAGCAUGGACACUCACACGGUGGUGAAAAGAAAAAGGAAAAGAAGGGAGGUCACGGUCACGGAGGUGAAUCAAAGACCUGUAUGGGUAUGGAUUUGAACAUGUUUGGUGUUUUCAUUCACUUUUUGGGUGAUGCUAUCAGCUCGCUCUUUGUUUUGGUCACUGGUGCCAUCCUCCACUUUUUCCAAGGUCAUCACUGGACUCUUUAUGUCGAUCCACUCUCUUCCUUGAUCAUCGUUGCCAUGACACUUGCCAGUGCCAUCCCACUUGUUAUCAAGUGUUCCAAGGUUCUCCUCGAACCCACUCCAACAACCGACUCUCACGACGAUCAUGACUCUCAUGAUCACGAUUCACAUCCAUAA